AAUGCUUUAUCGGAACAACUCGUCCUUAUUAUUUCUUUGACCUGGCAACUAGCAACUAGCAACUAGCACCUAGCACCUAGCAACUGGCAACUGGCAACUAGUAACUAGUAACUUCACGAAUGCCAAUUCAUAUUAUCUCGGUUUUUAUUUUACAUAGAACCCAAUCCAACCUAUUCUAACCAACACCCUCGUGAACGAGUACUUACCCCAAGACCUACCCCGCCGCCACGAUCUAAGACAAGACAAACGAUACGUCCGUACGGGUUUACAUAUAAUCGGGUGUAGACUCCAGCUCUAAGGGAUACACAAUAUAUCUUUCGUAUAUCGUUCAAAGGGAAGUGGAUUGGUCGGCGGAAUCGAACAGUAGGUCAGAGCACAAGGGAAACAAUAUCCAGCAUGGAGCAUGUUAUGGAUGUGAGCUGGAUGACACAUGGAAAAGACAACUGGAGUAACCAUGGUACCAACUGGAACUCGUCUAACCAAAGCCAAGACUCCUCUACUUCGAAUCGCUCGAAGCUUUCAAACCCGAGCAAACCUAAUGGCAAAACGGACACCUCAUCGCCCGCUACUACUAAACCGAUACCUCCGCGCUCGGGUAGGACAAGAAGUCAAUCCGUCGAAGGAUCGCCGAGUCAAAAUGGUACACCACCCCAAAGGAGAGGCUCGUGGUUUUCUAAUAUCUCGUCCAAAUUUUCUACCUCUCCAGCAAACGGAAAUACCACAUCUCCGGCUCCCACACCCGAGUCCGACGCCGACGAAGUAGCCCCUUUACCUAAGAUUACACCAAGCAAGAAUGCCGUCCUUCCACAUGCGUCGCGCCAGAGUGGCGAUGCUCCAUACAUACCCGCGCCUCCGAGGACGAACCAGCCUGGCUUGUUGGGAGUCCUUCGUCGCCUGUCGUCUUCGAAUAGCGCCAUUGCGCCGGGCUCCAGAGCCAGCCAUGGUCUCGUGGAGCGAAGAAUUCUCAAUGUCGACAAGCAUAGAGAGAGGUGUCGAGUGAACGAGCUAAGCCAGGCAAAACUUCGUCGCGUAGCCUUCUGUGUCGAUGUCGAGAUUGCGCCUAUGCCUAAAUAUGCAGAUGAAGAAACGGCGUGUAAGAAGCCUGUCGAUAAAACGCAGAAAAAGAAGAUAACCGAAAAGGGCGAAGGUGAAGCAUUGAAGAACCCAAAAGCAUUAGAAGAGCAAAAGGAAAAUAUCGGACUGGUCAAGGCGACUGGCGAGACCCUGCCGAAGGAGCCCGAGAAAGAAGGUACCGAGGUGACAAAUGGAGAUCAGAAGGGAAAUAGUACUACGGAUGUUGACGGGCCUAUAAAAGAAAAGGAGACUACCCGCAAGAAGGAAAAGAAAAAGAAGAGUGAGGCGGAACGAAAGGCCAAGAAGGAACAGAAACGCAGAGAAGCUCUCGAGAAGGGGGCUAUUCCAAUGGAAUUAUAUCUUGACAGCGACAGCUCAACAGACGAACUCUCGAUACGAUCCGGAACGCAAAAAACUCAGCUAGCACCUACGACGAACCCUGGUAGGAUAUAUCGCCGUUGCUGCCAGCUUCGGGAGACAGAUAUUCUCACCAAGAUUACCCUGCAACUUCCUAAAACCACGGAAUCCUGCCCCAAUGGUGUAGUGGAGAAGCUUGACCUUAGCGGAUAUUUCAUGUCUCUACCGGACUUGGUCACGUUAGGAGAUUUUCUUGCUGUUGUCCCAGUUAAAGAAGUCAUCCUUGAAAACUGCGGUUUAACUGAUGAGGGUGUUCGUGUUAUUCUCGCCGGACUUCUAGCAGCUCGAAAAACACCUAGUAUCAGACACCGAAGAUGCUGUUCUAAGCCCACAGACUUGACGGAACAAGGUGGCGUUGUGGAGAGACUCGUACUGAAGAACAACAGCAAGAUUACUGUUGAAGGCUGGAAACAUAUUUGCCUCUUCAUCCACAUGUGCCACUCCAUCAAGUAUCUUGAUAUCUCGAGUUUACCAUUUCCUACGCCGAUAGAACCUACAAAAACUCCAAUUACUCAUCACCUUCAUCACAGCGUUGGACAAAGUACACCAGCUCCAAUUGACUUAUCUUUACUAUUGUCUAGGGCAAUCGGGGAUCGUUUGGCUGGUCCGGAGCUGGAGCUCCUCAACAUUGGCUCGAUCGGUUUGACAGCAAAUCAACUAGGUGCCGUAAUCGACGGCAUCCUUAAGUCAGGAGUAAAAAGACUAGGACUAGCAAAUAACGGCCUUGAUGCGCAAGGUGCUCAACACGUGGCGAGAUAUCUACGCAAUGCAAAGUGCGAAGGAAUUGACCUUGGUGGUAAUGAUCUUCGAGACCAUAUUGCCGACAUUGCUGCAGCUUUUGAUGGAAAGGACGAGCUCUGGGCUAUGAGCUUGGCUAAUUGCAACCUGAUACCGGCGUCGUUAUGCAAGAUACUUCCCAAAUUGGCAAAACUUCCCGACUUCAAGUUCCUCGAUUUGUCACACAACCGCGCGCUCUUUGAGUCUGAGCCUAAUGCCAUGGGUCUGCUUCGCAAAUACCUACCUCAGAUGGAUAGCUUGAGAAGGUUGCAUCUCGCGGAUGUUUCAAUGUCUUCGGAGCAAGUGAUUUCUCUUGCCGAGAUCUUGCCCGAAAUUAAGGUCCUAGCGCAUAUUAACCUACUCGAGAAUUCUGACAUCGUCACCUUAGCCGAUGCUCGGACUGAGGAGGGCCAAGAAGAAGCGUGUGCGGUAUAUGCUUCUCUUUUAGCCGCCGCUCGUGUAUCGAGAACUUUGAUCAAGAUCGAUAUAGAUAACCCUAGUCCUGAAUCUGGCGAGGUUGUCAAGGCGCUUGCAAACCGUGUUGUGGUGUACUGCAUGCGAAACUUGCAGGGCGUGCCAGAUAUUCGAGAUUCCGCCGGUGAGGACGGCCAGCCAGAGAAGUUGCCGGAUGUGCUUCGACAUCUCGUGGGUCACGAAGAAGAUUCUCCAUUUGUUGACGUGGACAGCGAUAUCGAGCCGGCAGCUGACGAGGAUUAUGUAAUUGGUGGUACGGGUGUUGUGAAGGCUUUGGCGUGCGUUUUAAAGAACCGAGGAGACGAUACUAGACGAUCCUCAGGUGAAUUUACCAGAGAUAUCGAAUCUGGUACUUCGACGCCUAGAACUCGUUUGCCCCCAGCGAAGGUCAAGGAUAUGUCCAAAUACUUGCUUAUUAGUGCACGGAAGAUUCGUGCUCGGUUACAGCCAGCCCUGGCUAUGGCCAAGGCAUCUUCCAACGAGGACAUCCACAACUAUCACCGCCUCAUCUUCCUCGAUCAGACAAUCGAGGGCAUCAUCAAACGCUUCGAAGAUGAGUUCCCAGAGACACGUCAAAUGUCAUUAGAAGUCAGCAUACCGGAUCGGACGAAUACCGCUGCAUCCGAUCCUAGUCGUACUUCGUUCUCCUCUGCUGAGGCAGAUGCCGGCUUAUUGUCAGAUACGGAGGAUAUGGAAACCGAGCUUCGCUCACCCAAAUCUCGGUCCCGGUCUAAUUCUAUUAUCUCGCACAGCUCUAAAGCACUGGUCGAGGAAGAAGGCCGUGCCUUCCGUGUCAAUCACAUAUUCCGUUCAGGCCUAAUCAAGCCCGAACACUACGAUCUACUCACCAGCGCCGAGGAGAUCGGGAAGAAUCCAAGCCAUGUGACGGUGGUCACAAGUAUAAUGGACGAAUUAAUGGGAGGAGAUGAGCAAACCAAGAAGGACAUCCAAGAGAAAGGACCCAUUCGUGCGUUCCAGCAGCACAGGGAAGAAAUAGUCAAGAGGUUGCGCGAGGAGGAUCCACAGUACUGGGAGAAGUUCGUCGAGGCGCAGGAGAAGGCGAGAGCCAACGUUCAAAUGGACGUUAAAAACGGAGCCCCGCAACCACAGGAGAGCGCGGUCAUCGACGAGGAAGCUAUCGCCGAUUAAUCGCGGAUGAGCUAGACUGGGGGGAAAUACUUCUGUACCGAUAUGUAUACUACACCAGCCCAUCUUUCCGAGCGUUC